AUGAACCAAGAGAUUGAGCAGACUCCUAACUCGCCCAAGAUGUCUGGAACACCCGGGCCGCCCUCCCCAGCGCUGAUCACAGGGGUUGAAGCACUUACUCUGCUGGGUCUGCACCCUGGUUUUGGCGAUAAUCUCCACACGGACCUCGACAUCGAGAAAGAUCUCAAGGCCGGUGACCGCGCCAAAGCACUCAUGGACCUCAAUGAGAUGGUUUGGGACAUCAUUCAAAAGGUUGGCCAAGCGCAGAUGAAACACAACGAUGAGAUGUUCAAGCUGCUCAUGACCCGUGAUCCUCCUUUUUGGUCUGAAGGCGACCAAGAAGGGAUGAGAAUGGAAAUUGCGCGUUGCUCUGUCCUUGGAAAUUCGCCCCUCCAUCUUCUCAAGGCAUCCACCAAUGAUGGUGGCACCGGAAACGGUGAAGAUGAACUGCCGACUUUGAUCGAGCUCCAAUUUAGGAACCUGAGCGACAUUGUCGCCCUUAACCACUGGUGGACCGAUAUGCUAACCGAGUGGAACAGGAUCUUCGAGCACUAUUUUCCUAAGCCAACUGACCAAAUCGACUUCGACUUCGUAGGACCAGGCAAGUUCAAUGACCGAUGGUUCUACUUCAUCCGAGGUACCCAACUCAUGGUAAACGAAUUCCGUCACAUGGCAGAAAUUCCUCGUGACGAGCUGACUGAGCUGGAAAAUAUGCUCGAAGGCGACCAACCCUGGAAGCGUGACUGUGAAAGCGGCCAUGCUGCCGAACUAGCGGGGACUCCUCGGUCUGGAUAG